AGCAUCGGCUCCGGAAAGAAGAAGAAACGCAGGCAGCAGAGCAGAAAUUCAAAGUCGGUCCUUCGGGCAGGACUGGACCGAGUCGUUUCCCCCCGAACCAGCAAAAUGACGACUUAACUGGCAUUUUAAAGCGGUGUAUGCGGUAAAACGUCGACCAUGUUCACCGUGGGCCACCUCGGCCUUCUGUUCGUGUGCCUUCAUUGCAGCGCCGCCGACGCGGCGCUGAACCCCCCCCACGACCUCAACGUCAUCGCUCUGAACACCAACUACACUCUGACCUGGGACUGGGACCAGAACCAUGCAGGACCCGACCCGGUCACCUUCACUGUGCGCUGUGCCGGGCAUCACCAGCUGAACAGGAAGAAGCCCAGGUGGACCACGGCGUGCGCGGAGACCGCCGGCCGCUCCUGUGACCUCACCGGGCUGGAGCUGCUCUACCUGGGCAUGUACGUGCUCCAGGUACGGACCAACCUGAACACCAGCCACUCGGACUGGACGUCUAAGACCUUCUGUCCAGAUAAAGAAGCUGCCAUCGGACCUCCGUCCAAAGUUCGCCUCGGCGUCGCCGGCAGCAGUCUGGACGUUUUCAUCAGCGACCCUCAGAGCAGCUCCAACAGCUCCAUGAGGGAGAUGAUUUCUGACCUGUACUUCCAGGUCCGCUACUGGGAGCAGCGUGCAGACGGGGAGGUGGAGAAGCCGCCGUUGACCGCCAAGGGCAACAUGGUGACCCUGUCGGACCUCACGCCCUGGACCCUGUACUGCGUGGAGGUCCAGUCCCGCUACGACUUCUACAACAAGAGCAGCAGCUUCACCCAGCCGCUCUGCGUCAAGACCGAAGGAUUCAUUCCCUGGUGGAUGAUCUUCCUGUACUUCCUGGGCUCCCUGCUGAUCUGCUUCCUGCUGGUGCUGAUCUUCAUCUACGGCGGCCACCGGUGCUUCCAGCUCUGCAAAGAAACGCUGUGUCCUGGCGAGAAGCUGCCGCUGCAGUUAAGACAGGACGACUCCGACUACCCGUGCCUCAUCGUCUCUGAGUCUGAGUCGGAUCUGUGCGAUCUUGUAAUCGUCUGCUCAGAGUCGGCCAUCCAGAGGAAUAACGCAGACCUAGCUGUGGACUCUGCAGCGCCCCUCAUUGGCCUGGAGGAGGACAGCAGCGGCGGCGGCGGCAGGCACAGCCGGCACAACAGCAGCGGCAGCCGGGACUCUGGAGUUUACUCCGCGGGAGGAAACUCGGGCGCGCUGCCGCUCGGCGCCGCCUCGUCCUCCCCGGACGUGAGCCGCCUCCACGACUCGGAGAAGAUGAAGAUGCUGAGCAUGAGCUCGGAGGUCAAGGUUCCCCCCGUGAUCCCCGACGAGGGAGUGGUGGACAUGGAGGUGUAGAGGAGGAAGAGGAGGCGGUGUUAUCAGGAAACGAUGAGUGACUGGAAGCUGGAGACGUCGGCCAGGCGGCGUCGUCUGGAGGCUUCAGACGGUCCUGGUCUGGAUCGGACCUGCUGUCUUAGUCCAUGCUGUGAUUCAUGUGUGACUCAGGGUGUGGGAACUUGUUUUUGAAUCGUCACGUUGUUGUUGUUAUGUUGCUCUGGCACUUCUUAAGAAGCAUUAAAAUAUGAAUAUUGAUCACUGAAGGCUUUCUGCAGAGAGAGGGUUUAAAAAAAGGGACGAAUCCCUGCUUCAAACUGGCUUACAGCAAACAUUUUACCGCACUGUGUCAAACUGUACAAUGUGAGCUGCUCCUGUUCUUUCUAAUAAACCAAUCUUUGUCUGUAUCA